ACAAAAUACACCUUCUCUUAGAGCCCUUUUUUGUAACCCCUCAAUGACACAUAUCCAAGCAAAGUGACUGAAAGUUGGACUGCUAGAGAAUCAAUCUUCAUAGCCACUUGGCUCCCAUUGCCCCUUCUUUUGGACAAUUCUAGGGAGCUCCAAGCGUGCUUCAUCUGCCCGUUCUUUAUAUAUGUAAAACCUCCUUCUCUUCAUCCCUUCCUGCUUCCCGUCUUCGAGUUUUCUGGGAGUUGGAGCAAAAGGAGAAGACACGAAGAAGAAGCAGCAGAUUCGACUGGAGUUUCAGGUUCCGUUGCAAGUCAUGGAAACGACUAGAAAUCACACAAGAUUUUUCAUUCCUUUUCUCUAUCUGACUCUAGUUGCAACUGUUUCCUUCACUCAAUGUGAGGCAAUCAGAUCAAUAAGAUUUUUAAAAGGCACUCUUCCAGGUCCAACAAAGCACAGCAACUUGUUUCUUAGUGCUGCAAACAAAUUGAACUUGAUCAACCGCAUUAACUUUCCAUUGGAGGGAUCAAAGGACAUCCAACCCUACGGUGUGGAUUCACCAUUCACAUUGCCACCUUACGAUUCAUUACCUCCAAUUUCCUUGCCUGAAAACACACCUCCAUACUAUACAACUCCGCCCAAUACCCCAGAAACUCCCCCUACAACUGUCCCAACACCUUUUGUGUUAUCACCACCAAGUAUCCUUCCUAUCCAAAUCCCACCUCCAAGCCCAACAAGCAUUCUCCCAGGCCCACCAGAAUCCAUCUCCACCCCUAAUCUGCCCGGUACUGUCCCGAGCCCGACGGGGUUUGUACCUACUCCCACUAUCUACAUCCCAAGCCCACCUUACUUCGAGCCCAGCCCGCCUAGUCUUGUUCCAAACCCGCCUUCUUUUGGGUUUCAACCAAGCCCGCCUGUUUUCCUACCUCCCAUUGUGUUCCCUCCGCCCACUAUGCUGCCGAGUCCAAGACGAGGCCCGACAGCGCCUUUGUGGUGCGUGGCAAAGCCGUCUGUGCCCGACCCCAUCAUUCAAGAAGCUAUGAAUUAUGCUUGUGGGUCGGGAGCGGAUUGCGCUUCCAUCCAGCCCAAUGGGCCGUGUUUCAAUCCAGAUUCAUUGUUGGCCCAUGCCUCCUACGCCUUCAAUAGUUACUGGCAAAGGACUAGGGUUGCUGGUGGCACUUGUUCAUUUGGAGGAACUGCCAUACUAGUUACUAUUGAUCCAAGUUACGAUGGAUGUCGGUUUGACUAUUAUUGAGAUCAAAAGAGACUCGAUUGCAAUCGUCAUUUCUUUCAUUUUCUUUUCUUUUCAACUGAACGAAAGGUACAAAAUUUCGGUACAUGUAACCCUAAUCG